UUUUUUUCAUAUGGCCGGGCACUUUGGGACCGCGCGGAGCUACGAAUAAGGUCAAAUAGAAAUGAAGGUUCAUAGUCACACAAAAUUCUGCUUCUUUUGUUUAUUUACAUUUGUUUUUCAUCAUUGUAACCAUUGCCAUGAAGAUGUGCACGAUCACACAGAGGAAAACGUACACAAUCGCAAUGACUAUCAAAUCUCAGAGGAGUCGUACCUUUGGAAUGCAGCUAUGGAGUUAUCUACUAGCAAGUCUUCAUCAGGGGCUGAUGCUGAGCAUGAACAAAAAUACUAUAUUGAAAAACUUUUCCACCGUUAUGGUGAAAAUGGAAGGUUGUCUUUUUAUGGGUUGGAAAAACUCUUGGAUAGUUUGGGUCUUGGAGAGGUAAAAGUAGUUGAAAUAGGCCAUGAAGACAUUGGGCAUGACCAUGUAUCACAUUUGGAUGCUUUAGAUGUACAAGAAAAAAAACACUUUCAUGAUCAUGCUCACAUGGAUGCAGUUAAUGAUACAAAAAGCCCUACUGCUACAAAAGACCAUGACAAAUGUGAAAAUAAAAAUGUAGAUGUAUUAAUACAGCGAAAUCCUAAGGAUUCCCAUAAUCAUUCACAUCAUCAUAUUCAUGAUGGGACCCAUCAUUCUCAUAAUGGCAGCCAUCAUUCUCACAACGGUACAGUUGGACAUGUGGAACACGGAGGACAUAAUCAUGAACCUUUGGCAGAUGCAAAUACAACACAUGAUCAGACAGCAAGAAAACCUCAUAAACACAAGAAGAGGCGAAAAGGAACAAAAAAUACUGAGACUUCUGUAGAUUCUACAUCAGAGUUUGGCUCUGAGCAUGCUCAUGAUGAGCACAACCACGUUCACAAAGCAGAUAAUAUUUUUGAUAUUCCUUCUCUUCAGGAACAUGAGAAUAGCAAUCAUGCUGAUCAUGAACCAGAAGAUAGUCUAGUGCCAGAGAACAGAGGAAGAAGCACAAGGAAAAGAGAGGCUCCUCAUGAUGACCAUGUAACUGUGAAAAACUAUGACAUUGUAUCAUCUGAAAAACACAAGGAGCACAGUGAAGAUGUGCAUACACAUGAUGAGUGUUUGAAUGUCACACAGCUGCUACGUUAUUAUGGGUUAAACACCAACUCUCCAAUUUCCCCUGACCAGUUUGCUUUUCUAUGUCCAGCUCUGUUAUAUCAAAUUGAUAGUAGGUUUUGCAUAAAGCAUCUUGCAGAGAUGGAAAUGGAAAACAUGGAUAUACCCAAAAGUGAACUAUCUGUGUGGAUUUGUGGCUUCAUCUCAAUCACCGUUAUUAGUCUACUUUCCUUGCUUGGUGUGAUCCUGAUUCCAAUAAUUAAUCAAGGCUGCUUCAAGUACCUGCUCACAUUUCUAGUUGCUCUAGCAGUGGGAACACUGAGCGGAGAUGCUCUGCUUCAUCUUCUACCCCAUUCCCAAGGAGGGCACGAUCACAGUUAUGAUGGUGGUCAUGAUGACCCGCAUCAUGGACAUGCUGAAAAUAAGGCCUUUGUGGAACAGUAUGACAGCAUUCUGAAAGGACUUGUUGCUCUGGGAGGAAUCUAUCUUCUGUUUAUUGUAGAACACUGUCUACGAAUGUUUAAACACUACAAAGACCGAAAGGGGAAACAAGAGUGGCUGAACAGAAAGAUUGAUGAAUCAGCAGUAGGCCGAAAAUUAUCUGAUCACAAGCUAAACCGCAGGUCAGAUGCUGAAUGGCUGCAGCUCAAACCUAUAUCCGGCGUUGACGAUUCUGUAGCAUCUGAAGUUCAAAGGCUCAAUGAAACUGAAAUGACAUAUGUCGGGGGACUCACACAGUCUCCAAAGGCUUUUAUCCCAGAUGAAGAGAUGCCACAUACCAACAAGGAUGGCUCUUAUGAUGACGAUCAUAGUCUAGAUGGACAUUGUGAACAUAAUCACGAAAAAAUAGACCUACCGAAAAAACACCACCACAGCAAACACUCGCACCAUUCACACGGUCACUGCCAUUCUGGAAAAGAUAUGAAGGAUACUGGGAUUGCCAGCAUAGCAUGGAUGGUGAUCAUGGGUGAUGGAAUGCACAAUUUUAGCGACGGACUAGCAAUAGGUGCCGCAUUCAGUACUGGCUUGCCAGGUGGAAUUAGCACAUCCGUUGCUGUGUUUUGUCAUGAGCUUCCCCAUGAAUUAGGUGAUUUUGCAGUACUUCUCAAAGCUGGCAUGACGGUAAAUCAAGCAAUAGUGUAUAAUCUCCUUUCUGCAAUGAUGGCCUAUGUAGGCAUGCUGAUUGGCAUAGCAGUUGGACAAUAUGCCGAUAAUAUCACCCUUUGGAUAUUUGCCAUUACAGCUGGCAUGUUUCUGUAUGUGGCUCUAGUAGACAUGCUCCCAGAAAUGUUGCACGGUGAUGCUGAAAGUGAACAUUGUCCUAUAGGACACUUUACUCUGCAGAAUUUAGGACUUCUCUUUGGCUUUGCCAUAAUGCUGGUCAUUGCGCUGUACGAAGAUAAGCUUGUGUUUGACAUCCAGUUUUGACACGGUACUCACAGUGGUUCAUGUGUAAGGUGUCUUUGCCUGCCUGCUUUGUAUGGACAUCAUUCAAAUGAUACAGAACAUGCUUGCAUCAUUUCCAAACAAAAGAAAUCCCUCCUAAAUUCAUUUGUAAACGACCUGCCAUUGGGUACAGUCAACCUGUGGGAUCAAUAUGAAGUAAUUACUGUGAUGUUUGUUUACUUGGCAGUGUUUGUGAAACGUUAAAUCUUGGCUCACUACAUACGAGUGUUUAAUAAAUCUGUGUCUAAUAUACACAGGAUUCAAAAUUGCACUAUUCCAUGGCAAAUCAGAACAUGAUGGCAAGAGUCAAUCUUGUAGAACUAUUCUAGGUGUAAAAUAUAUUAACAUGAAAUUCAUCUCUAACAAAAUGACGGCUAAGUCACCCACUUCUUUGUUUACUUGGUUACCAAGUCUGAACCUUUUAUAUCUAUGAAGGCUCAUAGUUCUGGGUUAGAGGGCUUCACAGAUUUGAUUUCAAAUUGUUUUUAUGUGGGCUUUUUUUUUGUUUGUUUAAAUUUGCUAUGCUUCUAAUUUUUAUUUAGGGUUUUUUUUUUAGUUUACAUAUACCGGUACAUCUUCUACCUAGUAGACUAAUAACAUAGUAGAAUAAUAUUUGCCCUGAAUUGGGAGCUAAGGCCGUGAGCACAUGAAAACAUGCUAUUCUUUUUCCGUUACUGACAUGUACAGGAGUACGUUUUGUUUGUAAUUAAAGAAUGUUUUAUUCAGAGGCAUAGCAAAUUGUAAGGCAGCUUUGUCUUCCUAUAUUACAGAAACCGCUAUUGGGCAAAAGGUAGAGGUCAUUACAGAAACCGUUAUUGUCAUGUGUUUUUAGCACAUUCCAUAAAUUACACAUGUGGCUUAUGAAUAUUUCAUUGUUUGCAAGAUUUCCCUUUCAUUAUGGUAUAGAAAUAUGCUACUGUCCUCAAUACAAAUAAUCCUGAUUGCCUUCUGCCAAAAAUCCUUUAAAAGACUAUCUGAACAUUUAACAACAGAAAUUGCGGUGACUGAGCUGUACAUUUUUUAAGGCAAGAAUAUUUCCCUCUAAUCUGUGAAUCACUCUUUGACAUGGAGGUGCAUAAGAUGUGUUGUGUUCAGACAAAAUGUUAGCCAAAUUUGGAGAAAAAAACAAACUGUCAACUUGUUUCAAAUAGCUAAAUAUUUUUAUUUUGAUCUUGCAGAUGGUCACCCAAUAUUAAAA